GACAUGCCCGACGCUACGCCUGUGUGGAAGCGCGACCUGGACGAGUACGGCUUUGCGGUCGUCAAGGGCGCGGUCCCUCCUGAGCGAGCGGCUCAGUACGAGCAACGAGCUCUCGCCUGGGCCCGCCAGUUCGGCUUCGACAAGGACGACAAGGCGACCUGGACCGCCGACCACCUGCCCGUCGGCGAGAACGGCCUCGUGAACGACUACGGCGUCUCGCACGAGGCGUGGGUGUGGGACGCGCGCCUCGAGCCCAAGGUCCUCGAGACGUUCGAGGCGCUGUGGGGCACCGACGAGCUCCUCGCGUCGUUCGACGCCGUCAACUUCUCGCUCCCGGUCGGGCCACACGGGCGCACCGACCUCGAGCCGGCGGCACCGUGGCCACACAUUGAUCAGCAGCCGGCACCGACCGAGUGCUUCGAGCUCGCGCAGGGUCUCCUCGCCAUGACCAAGAGCGGGCCACUCGACGGCGGUCUCGUCGUCCUCAAGGGCUCGCACAAGCUCCUGCCGCAGUUCUUCGCCGAGACGGGCGGCGUCAAGCCGGACCAGGACUGGGGCGCUCGAAACUACUACACCUUUACGCCGGCCGACCUCGCGUGGUUCAAGCGACAGCCCGGCGUCGUCGAGGUCAAGGUCGAGUCGGCGCCGGGCGACCUCGUCCUGUGGGACUCGCGCCUCAUCCACUGGAAUCGCUCGCCGACGGCCGACCAGGUGCGCGUCGUCGUGUACGCGUGCUACGCGCCGAGGAGCAUGGCGAGCGACGAGGUGCUGGCCAAGAGGAGGGACUGCUGGGAGAAGCGGCGGGCGACGACUCACUGGCCCGCGCCGUUCGUCGUCGUGCCACGCAACGAGUACGGUCCCCCGCAGCGCAACGGUGUCGACGACCCGCGCGACCACGACCGGCCGCUCGAGGAGCCGCGCGAGACGGAGCAGCUGCUCAAGCUCGUCGGACUGCUGCCGUACUAG